UCGGACGCUCAGUCCUCAGUCGAACUCUGUUGUUUCUUUCUCUCUCUGGUUUACAUUGCCUUCUGAAAGAAAACCUCGAAGGAUGGCAGCCUGGGCAGCAGCGGCUCGUCAAGCCGCAUCUCUAGCUCGGAUUUCCUCUCGGACAUCGGUGACUUCGGUGGCUCAAUCUGCUAGGUUAAUCCAGCGCCGUGGUCUCUCAGGUGGUGGAGAUCAUCAUGGACCCGCAAAGGUGAACUGUUGGCAAGACCCUAUGAGCCCAUCAAAAUGGAAGGAAGAGCAUUUUGUGAUUGUUUCUCUAUCUGGCUGGGGCUUACUUAUCUUUGGGAGCUACAAGUUCUUUACCGGAGGCAAGAAAGACAAGAAGGAUGAGAUAGUGGCAGAAGCAUCACACUAGAACAAUUGGGAGCUUUCUGGCAGUUUCUGUGAUACUUGGUUGCACCUGGAAAUAAAGUAUUAGAUAGGACUGCAUCAUCCGUAGGCAGAGGAUAUUUUUAUUUGUUGUGAGACAAUCCAGUUUUGGGCAUUUUUUGUCCAUGAUUCCAGGGGAGGAGGAUAUGAUGAUAAAAGGGCCACUUUCCUUUAUUUGCUUUUGUCCAUGUGAAUUAUUGAGUUCGCCGAAAUUUAUGUUAUAAUGGUCCUAAGAUAAUCGUUUUUCACAA